AUGUCAUAUCGACUGGGACCUAGUGUAUGUGCAUUACCAGCAAAUCUUGAUAACGAUGUUGGAGCUGUUGAUGUUGACUCUAUCAGUGAUGUUUUAGACGAGAAUAAAUUGUUGAUUUCAUUUGUGGUUUUUAGACAUGGCGAUAGAACACCACAACAAAUUGAAUUGGACUUAUAUCCAGCAGCACCAUUUAAUGAAAGUAUAUUUUAUCCGUAUGGAAAGGAAGCACUUACAAUCAAAGGAAAACAACGUGCUUACAGUCUAGGCCAAUACUUAAGAAAACGCUACAAUGAUACAAUUUCUCAGUUAUAUAUUCCAAAUGAGAUUACUGUACGAACUACAGAUUACGCACGAACUAAGAUGACUGCAUUAGUCGUCCUGGCCGCGAUGUACCCGCCAACAUCGGAACAGAAUUGGAAUGAGGAUUUGAAUUGGCAACCAAUACCAUAUGAUACAAUAAAUAAAAUGGACGAUGAUCUUCUCGUCUUUGUUAAUUGUCCAAGAUACAAUGAAUUACAUGACCAUGUUUAUAAAGAUCCUGCAAUAUCCACUAUUAUUAAAUCCUAUCAAUCUCUAUUUCAACUACUGAGCGUAAAAACUGGGGGCAAGAUAACAAAACCAAAAAAUGUUUUCUUUUUAGACAAUUUGUUCCAGGCUUUGGAAAAUUCCGGCGUGAAAAACGAUAAAUGGAUUGAAGAUGUGUUUUCUGAAUUAAAAGAAGUGACAAAGAUCGACUAUUCUUGUUUAUUUUAUACUGACGAACAAAUAAAAUUAUCUACAGGUGUUCUAUUACACGAAAUAGUAAAUAUUAUGAAAAUGGCUGUGGCUGGUGAUCAAGAACAAGCUAAGUUACACUUAUAUUCUGCACAUGAAAAUAACGUUGCAGCUUUGCUAGCAGCCUUAAAAAUCUUUAAGCCACAUCAACCAAAAUACGGUUCAAGUAUCGCUUUAGAACUUCGACGAAACUUAAGAACUGGAAAACAUGGAGUAAUGGCUGUGUACGCACGGGAAGCUGGUGGCCCUGGCGAAGUUAUACCGAUAGGUGGUUGUGAAGAAAAAAUCAUAUGCGAUUUUGAUAGAUUUCUCAAUUCCAUUGAAAAUAUGCUUUUACCUCGAAGCGAAUAUAGAGAACAAUGUUUAAGUCAUGUGGAAAAU